AUGUUCCUCAGGAAACGCCCUCAGCUUCCGGCACUUCCUUCGAUGCGAUUGAACACUCUCCGGGCCCGCUCCAAGCCAUCUGUUUCUGCUUCAUUGACGGACUCGGCGACUCCCAGUCCAACCGAGUCGACUCACGGCACCAGCACUUCUGCUGGCGGUGCCACGUCGGUGAGCGACCCUGAUGAUUACGCUGACAGUCUGGCCGCCAAACCCGAGUCAUCAGCAACAAUGAGGUCCAAAUCCUCCACCACCACCCGCGCCUCCGACAAAGCUAGCCAUGCUGGCCACCGACGAGCUUCUAGCCGGGUGCGCAAGCCUACUGCCAAAGCCCAAGCUCUGGGUGGCAGCAGAUCGUAUUCGCCACCACUCUUGGACACUGUUGUAGUUGAGCCUCUGACUGUAAGGUCUGGGCUGUCUUCCAACAAGGAGCCAUCGGCGACCGUUCCUCCGCCCAAAGACGUACCUGAGAAAGUGCAACCAGAGCCGGAGGUCCCAGAAACUCCAUCGGCCGCAAAUCGCAUCAGAACCAAAACUCCAUCUCCCCCCGAUGUGGCUGGAGAAGAGAGUCGAGCCGAUCUUGCCGAGACCCCGUCCCGCAGAAUCUCUCAGAGGGAGCGGAAGCCCACUGCAAAGGUAUUAUCAGAGUCUUCAACCGCUCAGAAGCGUCCGGCCGCCGACGAUGCUCAAGAGGCUCCUCCCCGCAAAUCGGCAAGAAUCUCCUACUCGGGCGCGAGAGUGCCGUCCAAACUCCGCUACUCUAUCUCUGCUGAAAACAGUGAAGCAGAUGAUGCUGGCGGGGUUGAGAGGGCCCCGACGUCUGAAACUCCAACCACCAUUAAAUCCAAAAUUAUUGUCCUAAAGUCCAAGCGACUCGCUGAAGUGUUUGGCCCACCCAAACCGUCAAAGCCCGAUGGCAGCUCUCCCUCAUCCAAGAGGAAAUCUAGACGGAGAUCCAAACGCGGCCAUGUCACCACUGACGGCGUCAUCGCGAAGCCGAAUCCGGCCCCUGUUGAAAUUCCCGGUUCAUGCAAUCUGUCUUGCCUUCCUCCAUCGUCUCGACUGCUUGCCUUUGCAGAAAUUGCUUUUCAGAUGCCAGACGAAGAGGACGAGAAUGAGGCAACUGUCCCAGGAAGCGUGUAUGAUUGGCGAAUGUACACCCAAGUCUGGUGCCGGUGCGACCAAGGUCAGCAACUGAAGUCUGAUCGCACAGGCUCGGUCGAGCUUGCACGAGCAUUGAUGCCGAACCCUGUCUCUCAGGGCACAAGCUACGACCCAAUCGAUUUGUCCUCUUCACAGACUCCUGAAGCUGAACUGUUGUCUACGCCUGUCAACACUGUCCUCCGUGCAACCGAUGCUGAGCGGCUGUCACAGCGUUUUGCCGGUCCUCCUAAUCACAGCACAGGCCAAACACCAAACGGCGCUCCAGCAACGAGUGGCAUGACGACUCGGGAUGAAUUUGUGGCCAGUGCCUCCCAUCGCCCAUCAGAGAAGUAUGCAUCACUUUAUGAGGGCCCGAGCCGCAACGUAGCGUAUCCAAUGUCACAUCCAGUAACAACGAGGCGGACUUACGAGGAUCGCCUCCGAGACGACCACAAUGCGCUGACAGACAUCCGCAAGAGGGCAGCCGCGCGCGGAAUAUCGUGGAAUUUUAAUAUGACGUUCGAUGAUAUUCACGCCUUAAUCAUGGAUGCAGAAGAGCGCGAACAGCAACAGCAACAAGCACAGUAUCGCCAGCAGGUUAUAAGUCCGCCACAAAGUGUGAUUGAUCGUGUUGUUGAAAACGUCGAAUCACCCAGCGGCUUUGGGGUACUCUUGCCUCCUCGGGGGGCGCUUCAGGCACGAAGAUUUGGAAGCAUUCAAAGAAGCCAUAAAGACAGCUUCGCCGCUGCUGCCGCAGCCAACGCGGCGGCGGAAGUAGCUCAAGAACGCCCACGCUCGAGUACUACACCCAGAAAUAUCAGCUUUGUCGAGGAAACCAACCCGGCAAAUCCUUCUCGAAAUCGUCGACCUUCAUCACCAAGUCGACCCAAGAGUUCACGGUUUAGAGUGGAUCCAAGGGGGUUGCGUGGAGAAUCUCCCGGACCAGGAACGAUCAUCAAUAUGAGUGAGAAACUCGAAGCGGCCGAAUUCAAGAAAAAGGCAGCGGAACUCGAACGCCUCGCAAGCGCAAUGAGGCAAUUCGAGGAAUACCAAAUGCGCGAGGAACAGCAGUGGGAAGAAAGAAGAAAUGAAUGGCGGCAGAGACGUGAGCAAGAAGGCCAAAGAUUGAACGGACUUGGCCACGAGCAGCCUUGA